AUGGCGUCAGACGAGGACUAUGACGACUUUAAUCUCCCUCCAGAGACCCAGCGUCCAUUUACCUCGGGUAUCCGUCGCAAACCAGUGCCAUUCGUGCGCUCCUCCAACCUCGACACAACCUCAACUCCAUCCACAUCCUCCGGCCGCAGCAUCGCAGACACAUACCUCUCAAUUGUGAUGAAACAAGCACCAAGCACUUCACCAAGUACCCCUGCACAUGCACCCUCACCUACUCGAGCAACGAACUCGGCCCCGGCAACCGCACAAGCUACCCCACUCUCAGAACCAAUCCCCGAACCAGCUCCGGAGCUCUGUGAUGUAUGCAAGCUGCCCCUCGGGACAAACCCCAGCACUCCGCACGAAGCGUCCCUCGCACAUCAAGUCUGUGUCACCCAUUCACAUCCCCCAUCCCACAUAGACCGCACCCGCGCAGGCUUCCGCUACCUCGCGAACCAAGGCUGGGAUCCUGACGAGCGCUUGGGUCUCGGCGCAUCGGGUCGCGAGGGUAUUCGCGAGCCUAUCAAGGCGAGUAUGAAGUUUGACACUGCUGCUUUGGGAACGGGAUUUGACCAAGACGGGGACCCUUUGCCGAAGAAACCGGCGCCUGUUAAGGUGCAGAAGUUGAACGCCAAGCAGGUCAGAAAGAAAGCUGCCGAGGACAAGGCGAGGGGCGAGAGGAUAAUGAGGGCUUUCAAUCAGGAUGAAAGGGUUCUGAAGUAUUUGGGGGAGGAUAUUUAA